AUCGCCGCCCCCGAAAAGCGGUCGCUGGAGGCCUAUUUCGCCGUGCAGCCGCGGCCCUCCUCGGAGAAAAUUGCCGCCAUCGCUGAGAAGUUAGACUUGAAGAAGAACGUGGUGCGGGUCUGGUUUUGCAAUCAGAGACAGAAGCAGAAAAGGAUGAAAUUUUCUGCCACUUACUGA